AUGGAAAUUAAUGAUAGAGUGUUAGGGCUUUAUUUUCAAUCUGAGCUAAUGCCAGAAGAAAUGAAUGCUAUAAAACUGCUUGUGUCAUUUUUUGAUGACCCUGAAAUUUUUACAAAAUAUUUCCAGUUUAAAAAUAUCCCAAUUGCCACAACCUAUUCAUAUUUAAAAAUUAUUAUUAUCUCUUUUAAAGACAAUAUCAGCGCAAGCCUUAAAAUUACUAUAAUUAAGUUAUUAGAAAUCCAAUACAAAUCCUUAUCCAAAUGAAUUCAAUUUAAAUUACUCCAAAAUUCUAGCUGACUCUACCCGAUCAAUUGAGCUGACUGAAGUCCUGCAAACUUUAAGAUACAAGCCAGACGUUUUUUUGCCUACAAUCCACGCAGCAGUCCAUCAAAUAUUUUUCAAGCACUAUCCUCAAGUUCCAAUUCAAAACCCUAUUCGAAUUUUUAUUACAAAAUAUGACGUAAUUACUCUUCUUUCCAACAUAAGAAGUGCUAUGAUACAGCGUUUUGUCUGUAUCUCCGGAAGUGUCGUUAAAAUGUCCCCAAGAAAGCCCUAUGUAAUCGGCAUGGAUUUUUUAUGUCUAAAAUGCAGCGCUCAUGUCCCCACUACUUUUCCUGAAGGAAAAUACACCUUACCUAUGCUUUGUUCAAAUCAAGACUGUAGAAAUAUAAAAGCUUUUCAGCCUUUAAGAGACACAGCGAAGCUUGUGAACUGGCAACGAAUUAAGGUCCAAGAAUGCUCAAGUGAUGACCAAAUUGGUGUUCCAUUAACAAUGGAAUGUGAAGCUAAAAAUCUUGAUAUUUCUCAUAUAUCGGUAGGCGACCCUGUCACUAUUAUGGGAAUAGUAAGAGCUGAAAGCUCUGAUGUCCAUAAGAUAAAAAAUACAGGACUUUAUGGACUUUAUUUAGAAAUUGUGACAGUUGUAACGAAUAAAGAUAACGAAUGCGAAGUAGAAGACUUGACUAGCGAGGAAAUUGCCAGGAUUAAAGAGAUGGCGAAAAGUAAAAACAUUUUCCAUAGCUUGGUGAAGAACUUCUGUGGGGUGAUUUAUGGGCUGGAAAAAGUAAAAGCAGGGUUAUUAUUAUCAUUAUUAGGAGGAAAUGAUAUGCAAUCUAGAGGGACUUCACAUGUACUUGUAAUUGGGGAGCCGGGGCUAGGAAAAACUCAAUUAAUUAAGACUGCUUUGGGGUAUUCUCCGAGAGGAAUUUAUAUCUCAGCUGCUACAAAGACGGGGUUAACGGUUAGUAUUGCAAAAGAAAAUGGGCAGCAGUCUAUGAGGGCUGGAGGGCUUGUUAUGGCUGACGAAGGAAUCUGUGCAAUUGAUGAGUUUGAUAAAAUGGGAAAAGAGCAAGAGUCUCUAUUAGAAGUCAUGGAGGAGCAAACUAUGACCAUAGCUAAAUCAGGAAUUUACUGCAAUUUAAGGGUUAGAGCUACUGUAAUUGCUGCAGCAAACCCUGUGCAAGGCCAUUAUAACCCUUCUAGGACCCUUUCAGAAAAUUUAAAAAUAAAUGCUGCUGUAUUGUCACGGUUUGACCUGGUAUUUUUAUUGCUGGAAAAUCAUGAAGCACAGAUUUCUCGGCACGUCAUCAAUAUCCACAGUGGGGUGAAGCGUAAUUUUGAUCCAGGUUUCAGAAAUUUUGAGAUGCCUCCUCCACCCUCAGUAAGACGACUGUGAACCCAAUCAAGCACAACUUCUCAACGGUCAGUCAAUGAUGUUCCUUUAGAAACAGAAUCAUUUACAGGAUACAUGAAAAGAGUAAGCCAAGAAUUACAAACGAAUAUUUCCCAUGAUAUUAUUAAAAAAUAUAUCAAUUAUGCGCGGAAGCAUAUUCAUCCAAGACUAUCACAAGGCGCUAUAGACUUAUUAAAUGCCUUUUUCUCCAAGCUUAGAAAAGAUUCCCCUGGAAACGGAAUCCCAGUGACUUCGAGACAAUUGGAAUCUCUUAAAAGAUUAGCUGAAGCUAGAGCCAAAGCGGAGCUCAGAGAAAUUGCUUCAGAAAUUGAUGCAAUGGAAGUAAUAAAGCUUUACCAAGAAACCAUUUAUGACUUCAAAACACAAGAUUUCGUAAUGCCGAGGAUGACGAGAAAAAGGGGAACUGACCGCCCGCUUGGAGAGCUGAGCGUAGCGAAGCAACAACUUGUAUUUUUAGAUAAAAUUAGAGAAGAAAUAGAAUCUAGAGGAGAUGAUGCCUUUUCUUUCCAAGAGCUAUUGACUUUGUCGAAAGACCUUGGUAUGAGGGUCGGAGAUUUUGGGUUUUUCAUAGAAAGGCUUAACCAAUCAAACUUGCUUUUAAAGAAGCCUGGGGGGAUGUAUAUUAUGCUUUACAUUAAUUUUCUUAUAAAGAAGGCUAUUUUUUAUAUAUAUAAUUAAUGAUUUUUAUGCUCAAAAUCAAUUUUAUUUUGCAGAAAUUAGUAUAAGCCACUAUAAAGUUUUACAGAGUGCAUUAUAA